GGAUCUUCCGGCGUUUUGUGCAAAAUCGCAUAUUAUCAUUUAUAAUAACAACUAACAUUUGGAUGGAAUUGUUUUUCUAGGUGUGAUAAUGAUACAUGUCAAGCCUACUCCAGACUGACUCUGACCAGACCGCAAACAGACUUUAAACAUGAACAUGGACAAGUAUUCCUGCUUGUUUCUGAUCAGGUUUUUACUGACAUCUGCAGAAAUCCAUCACGGUGCUGAUAAGGCUAGAGAAUUGAAUACUUAUAUAAUAGUAAAUUAUCAAAACAGAUACCAAACCGAACUUCCUGCUCUACAGACAAAGUUUGACGAAGCCGCGCUAGCAUGCAAAACGCAAAUCAACAAAACUAUUCAUACCUGUCUGGCCUGUAUAGGAAGGAACCCCAAUUCUGGCCAUUCACCAGACAGUUUUGGAUAUGAUAAAGUGAUUUUAGGUGUUAUCCCAGCCGCUAGUGAUUUGGACAAUUUCGGAAAUGGAGUUAAAGAUACUUUGGAAAAGGAUCCAACUUUUUUUACGGAAACAAUUCCAGAAACAGUCGACAAAAUUGGAAAAGAGAUCGAUAUAUUUGUCACAGGCACUAUUCCAAAAACUGUCAAGAACAUUGGCAAAGAGAUUGAUACUUUUUUCACUGGUAGACUACCAGCUACAACUGAAACUGUAGGAAAGCGUUUGGACAAAUUCUUCACCAGUACAAUACCGAAUUUAGGGAAAACAAUUGGUAAAGACUUCAAAAGAUUUGGUAACGCCAUUAAAGGUUUAUUCGGACUCAGAAGGAGAAGAGCAACAUCAGGGUGUCCUUCCUGCGACUUAAUCGACACAGCAACGAAAACCGCGAAAGAAAUUUGGAGGGAUGUCUGCGGCGAUACCGUGUACAACAUCUUUAAAAAUAAAUAUACCAAUAUGGUAAACAUAUUCCAGUGGCUGAAGGAUGGAAAUAUAAUCGUUACCCAGGUGUCGUUUAGGACAGAAGAUACAAUAAGUAUACCUUUGAAGAAAGUGUUUACUGUCACACCGUUCAAUGUGACCUACAGUAUCGGAGCUGGUGAUCAGUCAAGGGUUUAUACCGACACCAGCACAACACUUGACCUACAUGGCAACACCAACUCCCUAUUUGGCCAUUUUCUUGCUGAGAAAAUCUGGGAUGAGUACGUAUUUGAAUACUAAAUGUCAUAAACGACUAACACUUUGUCGAAUACCAGAUUGGAUUUUCUUUUGAUGUUUUUUUGUAUUCGUUUCAUCUCACUAAUAAACAUUUCUAUAAUGUUACUGAUUGUUUAUCAUUUCAAACUCUCUAAUAUUUGACUGUCUUAGUAUGUUCAUAACGUUGAGAUUACAAGUUCGUCUGGUAAAUUAUACGAUCCCAUCUCACUACUACAAUAACUCGACAGUAUAUUUUUCAUGACAAAAAUAGCUUUUACCGUUAUGAUUUAAUACUAUCUUGUAAUUCUUCUGCUGAGGAUUGUGAUCACUUCUUCCUCCAUUGUACUUUGUAUACUAAUCAAAGGCAAACUCUAUUGAACUCCAUUUCUACUCUUAAUGACACUAUUCCAUUAAAUACUCAUAUCUUUCCUUUUUGGAUGUGCAAUACUCGAUAUCAAUAUUAAUACACGCAUUCCGGAGAAGGUUCAGAGGUUCAUUAACUAGAUUACACUUAUUUAUAUAUCAAUCAUCACCUGACUUUGCUGUUUGGAAGGAUACCAGCACAGAAUUGUACGUUUAGUAUGGGAUGUCCAUUUAGCUGAUGUUUGUGUGAUCUAGUUUCUGUAUCAACAAUCUCCAAAUCAAAUAUGCAAAAAGCUAUUUAUAUACAAAUUGUCAUCACUACAGAUGUGUGUAACUGUGUAUUUAUAUAAGGAGAGGGCGCUCAUAGGCAUUGUUUGUUGCCAAACUCCUUUGUAUCUAAAAUCUGA